AUGAGGAAGACAAAGUAUUUCUGGGGAGCCUUUGCAGGAAGAGGCAGCAAGUGGGAGAAAGUGGCCGGGGAAAAUGCAAGAAUGCUGCCUAGGGCCACGCAUGAGGAGAAGAAGCAGCAGGAAGCAAAGAGGAGACAGAAGCUGAAAACCAUGGCAGGAAAAUUGCUGAAGGUGGUGGCCAGUGGCAAAGAUGAAGCAGAAGAGAAGGCUGGUGGUGUGGAGAUGGCAGGGAAUUUGCUGAAGAUGGCAACCAGUAGGAAGGGAGCGGAGGGUGGGGUGCCUGCAGAAGAAGCCAUCUGUGGGUUCAUUGAGCAAGGAAAAUUUCUUGAAGCUUGUGAUCAUAUUUAUAAUCUGGAGCGUUCUGGAAACGAUGAGAUGGGAAAGUCUGAAUCACUUUAUAAGCUACUGGCUGAACGAAUGUGGACUGUGGUGGGCGAAGCGCUCGGUGGAAAUGGUAGGAUGUUCCUGGAGCCAUUGCAGUCAGUGGGGGAAGCACUGAAGUGGGAGAAGCAGAAGGAAGCAGAGUGGCUUGGCAGCAGCCAAGAAACUGGGCCUGUUUCCACCUGGAGUCCAAACUUCUGGAGGAAAGAACUGGAGGAACAGCUAAUACAGUACAUGACAGCCCAGAUUCCCCUGCUGAGUUUCCCUGCUAACGCAAAUGAGACUGCAUUAAACCAGCAUCUGAGUCAACUGGAAACAUCGUUUCUCCCCAGCUUGGAGCAUGGAAGUGGUGUCUUUGAGGAAGCAGGACUGCUCAGCACCUACACCUACUGCUGUCAUGCCUCUUUGUCUUCUCACCUUGCCAUGCUUACUGACAGUAGCCAUUUCAGCUUCAGCCAAUGCCUUUUAGUUUAUGAAUGGGGCCUUAAAAUAUACAAAAGUGACAAAGAGACAUGUCUGAGACCUAGGCAGAUGCCUCAGCACAGCCUUUCCUUUGGUGUACAGUGUCUCCUGUGGAUUGUUUUGAAGACUGAGGAAAAGUUACUUGCAGUCGCCAAGAAGGAAGUAGGGAAAGCCCUGAAAGAAGCCUUUGAUAUUGGGAAACCCCCUUGUGCAGAUGCUGCAGUGAUUCAGAUACUAACAGAGAAGACGGAGGCUGCCUGGCAUGUCAGUGAGAGCCUGAGUGAGAAGGUGGAAGCUGUAUGCCUGCAGGAGUGCCUGAGGUUCCUGGAGAGCUAUGAAAAUGAAGUAAGAAACUUCCUCCAGCUCGAUGGCUGCCCAGAGAUCUGCAGUGGCUUAUGGAUCCUGGAGAACUGCUGCAUUCUCAGGGCUGUCUGGUGUAAGCUAACAUACAUUUACAGUGCCAGUACUGGUCAGAAUGUUAAGGUAAAUGGAUUUCUAGACAGGAUGGAAGAUGAGAUUACUGAGCAUUUUCUCCAGGCGGUGGCUUCUAAAGUCAAGGGAACACUAAAGGAGCACUUCAAAAAGUGUGACAGCAGUUUUCACCACAUCCUUGAAUCCUUAAAGCAAAGUUUUUUGGUAUUUGGGAAGAAAAAAACAGACACAUAUGAGGCCCUCGUCAAGUCCGUCAAUGCCAUUGUUAUUGCAGAGUAUGUGCAGGCUCUCCUGACCACUUCCAGGAAACUGUCUUCUGUGCAGAGGAGGAGGAUUGUCAGCAAGAUGGAAGAAGACCAUAGGAUGCUGCAAGGCAUCUUUAAAGAAUGCUUAGGUACUGCAGCUGGUCACCUCAAGGAUCCUAUACAAGCAAUUUUAGAGCUUAUUCAAGCUUCUGAUUCUGAGGGGAUGAAAAUAGCCCUUUUGCCCAUUCUCAGAGAAUUUCCUGAUCUAAGGAAGGAACAUCUGAGUGCAAUGCUGAACAUCAAAGUUUCGCUCAACCGGAAGGACAGAGCUGCUCUCUUGGAGGCGUUUCAUGAUAAUUGCAGGGAGUCGAAACCAGAAGUGAACUUGCUUUUUGCAGAUAUAGAAGUGAAACCUGGAAAAUAUGGACUCUGUGCCUGCCUCUGCUGUUAGCAAAGGCCUGCUGUGAGAAACAUGAAGUUUCACUCCAUGUGCAGUGUCUGCAGUCACAGCUCCUUGAAAUCUUCAGUGACCCAUGCAGCCUGAUAUAUGGAGAAACCUGACAGCUAUGGAAGACAAUUCCUGCACUUCUGCAGGAAAAUUAAGAGGCCCAAAUCCUAAUCUUCUAUGCAGAGUCCAGGUGGAAAGUGAAUGGAAUAUGACAGAAAGACAUUCUUAGCUGAGUCCUGCUAGUUAUUCCCAGGAUGUGGCAUGGUGGUGAGGGGAGGAGGACAAUGGUCCCCCCUUGCCAAAUUUCUGUCUGCUUCCAUCCCUUGUUUCAUGCACUCUCAUGUGAAACCAGGGACUGCUGCAGCACAGUGUCAUGGCAGAUGACAUGGCAUCAUAACCUUCACCAGCAACCCAAGACCCUCUGUUAGGGAAUUCUGCCUAGCCCAUGGUUCUGGUGGUGCCUGCAGGUUUGGGUACCUAGAUCCACACCUCCAAAGCACUGCAUCAGGAGGGUUACAGACAAAGCUGCCUCUUUUCUUGCUCCCCACACAUGAAGGCUGUGACCUCCUUUGGGGGCAGCUUGCCAUGGCAUCGGCUGUGGGAUGAAGAGCUCUUCCUAUAUGAGUUUUAUAGCUCUGGAGCAGAGUCUUGCGUUGAUUUUUAUACCUUAUUUACUGGAAAUUUCCUUUUGGAGAGGGAGGGGAAGGCCUCACGGACAGCAGGCAGUGAAAGGAGAUGUUUGUCCCAGCCUCUGGGCAAGGUUUGUGCUGUUUUCAAAUGUAAAUAGGCAGUUCUGCUGGGAAAACACUGACUUUUCUUCCCAGUUAUCUAUGGACUGGUCACAACCUCCAAGCUGGAUUUGGUUCAAGGCCCUCGUUUGUUGUUGUGUUAAUGUAGGCCAUUACUGCUCCUCUCUGGCCCUGUAAACAAGCAACAAAGCUCUCCUACCUCAGCAGUGCCACUGCUUUUCUGGGACAGCCAUUCCCCCUCAAAUCUGCUUCCCUAACACGAAAAGGGGCAUCAGGGUGUUCCAUGUCCAGGGAGUCUCUGUAGGCUUUUGGGGCUCCAUGAUAGGGCAACAAGAACUAUCCUGUUCCCUUCCUGACUGCCUGCCUGCCCCAAAGGCCUUGCUGCUGUGU